AUGUCCUCCGACGUCUUCCGCCGUGUCGGCCGCGGCGGAGCCGGCAACUUCUACAGCCAGCAGGACGUCCAAGACGCCGAAAAGAAAGCGGCCACAACAACUGACCUCGAAGCCCAAGACCAACCCGCCAACGCUCUCACCCUCACCCCAACCCACGCCACCGGCAGCUCCAGCCUAGGCCCCGGCACGAACUACACACGCGCCGGGCGCGGCGGCGCAGGGAACUUCACCUUCUCCCCCUCCGCCGCCACCAACGAGGUCACCGGCGCGCCGACCUCUUCCGCGGACGCGGCGGCGCAGAAGCAGCAGGAGAAGGAGGAGGCUGACCGCGCCAAGGCAAACGCGGCGGUCGUGGCUAGUUUGGCGGCCAAGUCUAGGGCUGGUGGGUUGAGUGGGAGGGGUGGGGCGGGGAAUUGGAGUUUUGGUGGUGGUGGGAGGGAAGAGGAAGAGGCAGAGGUGCGACGGAGGGAGGAGGAAUUGGAGAGGAAGAUUCUGAGGGAUGUUGAGGUUGGGUUGGCGCCCCCCGCAAAGGCAUAUGUGCCGCUGCGGUAG